UUGAAGGACUUCGUAGCUUUUAGCUGCUCCGUAGACAUGUGGUUUAAAUUGCAAUAUAAUAACACAGUUCAAGUUUAAUAAUGCCACCAUGGCAGCUGUAAUUCAACACAUAUUGUAAGAUAGUUUCCUGGUUGUGUUAAUAUGAUCAUUAACAGCAGGAUGAGGGCUUGUUUUGGUGGUAAAACUCAGCAGUUGAUCAGCAGAGUCUUCAGGCAUCCUGUCCAUCCUUCAGCAGCAGUGCGAUGGCGAGUGGCUCAGAGCAGACUCCUCUGCAGCCCCCCAGCAGGUGAAUCAAAGCCCAGCCCCUCCAUGCUGCAACACCUGACCUUCAAAAUAAAAGCCACAGGUCCCAUCACAGUGGCGGAGUACAUGAGAGAGGUGCUCACAAACCCAGUGACGGGUUAUUAUGUGAGGAACAACAUGCUGGGACCUGACGGAGAUUUCAUCACAUCACCAGAAAUCAGCCAGAUUUUUGGGGAGCUGCUGGGUGUGUGGAUCGUCAGCGAGUGGAUGGGAGCCGGUCGACCCAAACAUCUGCAGCUGGUCGAACUCGGACCGGGAAAAGGGUCACUGGCCAGCGACAUCCUCAGAGUGUUCAGCCAGUUAAAGUCUGUGCUGGAUGGAGCCUCGGUGUCGCUCCACCUGGUGGAGGUGAGUCCGGCUCUGAGUCGGGUUCAGGCUCAGACUCUGACGGGGGGGAACAGCGUGGAGGCGAGCAGCGAGGACGAGCCGGUGUACCGCCGCGGGGAGACGAGCGCCGGGCUGCCGGUGUUCUGGUACCGCCGACUGGAGGACGUUCCUGCAGGAUUCAGCAUCUUUAUCGCUCACGAGUUCUUCGACGCUCUGCCCAUCCACAAAUUUCAGAGGACGCAGAAAGGCUGGAGGGAGAUCAUGGUGGACAUCGACCCGGAGAAGCAGAACCGGCUGAGGUUCGUCGUGUAUCCGUCUCCGACGCCCGCCUCGACCGCGCUCGUGCAGCCCGACGAGCGGAGGGCUCACGUGGAGGUGUGUGCGGAGGGGGGGGUCCUGGUGCAGCAGCUGUCCCGGAGGAUCGUGGAAGACGGAGGCGCCGCGCUCAUCGCCGACUACGGACACGAUGGAACGAAGACGGACACGUUCAGAGGUUUUAAAGGCCACCGGCUGCACGACGUCCUCUCCUCCCCCGGCUCGGCCGACCUCACGGCUGACGUGGAUUUCAGUUUCCUGCGGAAGAUGGUGGGGGGGGGCGCGGCCUGCCUGGGUCCCGUGACUCAGAGGAUGUUCCUGAAAAACAUGGGCAUCGACUCCCGCAUGCAGGUACUGCUGAGGAACUGCAGCGACGUGUCCACCCGGCAGCAGCUGAUCAGCAGCUACGACAUGCUGACCAACCCGGAGAAGAUGGGCGAGCGCUUCCUGUUCUUCAGCCUGCUGCACCACAGCCGGCUCGCCAAACCCAAGAGAACAGAGGGCCUGAAGCUGGAGAAGAAGAGCCCGGCGCCGCUGCCUGUGGCCGGGUUCACCGAGCUCAGCUUCUCCUGAGAAACCCAUCCACAGAGGAGAGGUUUACAAGCUCAGGACGGACUUUACGGGACAUUUCAGAAGAUCAUGUUCAGGGACUCUGUUUGUCCCGCUGACAUGGAUAUAAAGUAUUUAUAACGCCUCCAUUGGACUCCUUUAUUUACGUCCAGAUCAUAGUGACAUCUCUUUGUAACACUCUCGCUCCUAUUGCCAACGCUCCAACACUUCGUACGUGAUAGGCUAAGGGGCGGGAGUGUUCCUAUAGGACCACCGGCAUACUGAAACCCAUCCCAAACCACAAAGAUAAUAUAAUAUUUAUACUGUACGUAAAACCGUGAGUAUACAUUUGGUUUGGAGGUUUAAAGUAAGAUUAAGUUUAAAUACUAAAGCUAAGGUCCUUCAAAAUACUAAGGGGUGGAAGAAGAACCUGGAUCCUUAACUUUAGUAGAAGUACAAAUACUAUGUUGUUAAAAUACUAAAGUCCUGAAUAUUCCAAGAGUUCCAUUCAGAAAUAAGAGACACACAAAACAAAACUACUUCAAAUCUUCAUUUAUUUAUAUUUCUUUCAACGCAUUUUGGAAAACUGGGUUGAGUUCCAGUUGUGCCAGAGACACAAAAAUAUAUCGACAGAAGAAAAGAAGCAUGUAAAAACAUAGACAUCAAGUUAGAGCACAAAGUAAACAACAAAUGUGAGAAAUAAGAAACAUUUAAACAUUAAUAUGAAACAACAAAGGUGAAGCCUGAAAUAAAAUGUAAAUAAACAACAAGUUAUAAACAGAGACAAUUCAAAACCACUCUUAACCCCUCAGAUUGAAGAACAGCUGGGAUUUACACUCUCAUCUUCUGUGUGCAGAAAUAUGAAAUUGAAACGUUCCUCAAUCUGUUGGAUAUGCUCAAUAAAAAAUAGCCAGCUUUAAAUAUCGCUGCCUCGUGUAACCCUCAGGUACUCUAGAGUUCCUGAGGUCUACACGUUGUUUUUAAAAGCUUCUGUUUUUCUUUUAGCUUCUCUGUCUAUACGUUUCCAGUCUUUGGCACAACUGUAACUUAACCCCGUUUGCCAAGAUGUCUAAAUCUGUUGAAAGAAAGUAUAAAUGAUGAAUGGAACUCACCUUCUGGAAAUAAAAUAUAGAAAUAUAGAUUUAUGCUCCAGAGCAGAGUAUGUGUUGAAUAGAGACAGAAUAUUAGUUUGAGAUGAACUAAUAUCUAUGCCUUUAAUUAUUGUGUUGCUUUGGUGUGGGAGUUAAGGGAUUGGGGGUUGAGGAGUCGGGUUCAGGACUCAGCCUAAACAGUAUCUUUUUGAUGACCCGUGCUUUCAGUUUCCCUCCAGUAAUACAACCACAAUGCUAUUUGUGUUCAAAACAAUCUAUGUAAUGCAAACUGCGGCAGGUAGGGCUGCACCUACACUUCCAAACACAUUGUGAGAGCUUGUGAAUUUCUCAGAGCUAACUCUCAAGAGAAUGCAAUCAUUUAAUUGCCGAGAAGCAAUUUGUUUUCAGUUUACCACUGCUGUCCUGGUGUCAAUGGGGAGGUCAUUCCACCAAUCAGGAGCCAUAGCAAACAGGUGUGUUUCUGAGGGUUACCUGGGUCCGACUCGCAAAGAUGGAGCAGCAAGCCGAUUGGCUGAGGGGGGGGGGGGCAGGUUUAAUGAGUUUGAUUUGGGCAUAUGAAAGAAUUAGAGGAUUUUACUAUUAAAAUACCUCCAAUUGAACAUGUUCAAAACGUUUAUCCCCUUGUAAGUGCCGCCACAGUUUGGAUUGUGCCUUUAAAUCUUUAGUUUGGGAUAAAACACAAUUCAAACAACAUUCAUCAAAUGAUCUGGCUCAGUUUAUAAAAGUUUAGUGUAAAAAGCACAUAAAUGACAACUGCAGUGUUGUAAAGUAGUCCCAUGUUGUAAAUAAUCCUCAUUUAUAAUACGUGCAUACUUAAUGUUCCAAUGGUACACUGAAAUGAUAAAUGCUCCUUAAAAUCAGACUUAAAUUUGGGAUCGAACAAACUGUAAUCGCCAUUUGAGCAACUUUUAUCACCGUUUCUGAGUUGAUGGUAUAAAAGUGUUCUUUAGUCAUCUUUAAA